CGCCCAGCACCACCAGCCCACCGCCUUCGAGGUCCACAGCCCCGGCGGCGCCGUCACCGUCCUCAAGGCGGCAACCCACCAGGACAUGGCUUACUGGCUGCAGGAGCUUCAACAGAAGAGGUGGGAAUACUGCAACGGCCUGGACGCCGCCCAGAGGGACAGCCGGACCUCGCCCACGCCCAGCGACUUCUCCAAGGGGCUCGUUGCCAAAGACAAUGCAGAUCUGAACGUUGUGCGUCCAAAUGCCUCAGCGGAGAAGGCCAGAAACGUCCUAGCAGUGGAGACGUCUCCCACGGAGCUGGUGGGGGAGCAAGCGGCAUGCCAUCCGGUCCCGGGCCAGCCCAGCGCCAUAAACUUUGCCCUGAAGCAGUGGGGGAACGAGAUCAGGAAUUCGGUGACUUCAUUAAGAACAGGCAAAGGGAACAGUGAAAACCGGAGGAGUAUCUUUUACACAGAGGAGUGGGAAAUGCUUGACCCGACCCCCAAAGAUCUGGAGGAGUCAGUGGCUCAGGAGGAGAGGAGAAGGCCUUCAUCGGAGCCCAGCCAAGGCGUGUCUGGCUCAUCCUUUCCGUUUGAUUUUGGCCACAUUCCACACAAAACGAGGCGCCCUUUAAAGGAAAUAAUUGCAACCAGCAGAAAUCGGAACAGCCUGGACGCUGCCCCCGUGGAAUGCAGCAGCAACAAGCUGGUCCCUGAGAUGCAGCUGAAGUUCCAGAGCCAGCAGGAGGAGCUGGAGAGGCUCAAGAAGGAGCUCUCGAGCCAGAAGGAACUCGUGCGUCUUCUGCAGCAGACGGUCAGGUCCUCCCAGUACGACAAGUACUUCGCCGGCCACCUCUGUGAGGUGGGCCCGAAAGACAAGCUGGAGCUGCUGCACCAGAAAGACCACCAGAUCCUGGGCCUGAACCACCAGCUGGAGAGGCUGGCCCUGGAGAAGGACCGCCUGCAGCAGGAGACACGCAGCCUGCAGUGCAGGGUCGGGGAGCUCAGUGAGCAGAUGGGCAUGCUGAUGGAGACUAUCCAAGCCAAAGACGAGGUCAUUGUGAAGCUCUCCCGGGAGCUGGCCGAGUGCCAGGAGACGGCCACCGGGCAGUGUGGCUCGACUCCGUCGCCCACGCCUGCCUCGACCAACAAGGAGCUGCUGGAACUCGACCGGCUGAAGGACAGUCUUCAGGGUUACAAAACCCAGAAUAAAUUCUUGAAUAAGGAGAUCCUGGAGCUUUCAGCAUUACGAAGAAACGCCGAAAACCGUGAGCGAGACUUAGUGGCCAAGUGCACCAGCUUGGAAGCCAAACUCUGUCAAGUGGAAAGCAAAUACUUAAUUUUGCUUCAAGAAAUGAAGACGCCGGUUUGCUCGGAGGAGCAGAGGCCCUGCCACGACGUGGUUGCUCAGCUCCUGGAAGAUGCCCUGCGAGUGGACACGAGCGACCAGCCAGAACAGACGCUCCUUAAGCCUCACCUGGUCAGCGAAUAUGAUAUUUAUGGGUUUCGGACAGUCCCGGAGGAUGAUGAGGAAGAGAAGCUGGUUGCCAGGGUGCGGGCCUUGGACCUGAAGUCCCUCUCCCUGACUGAGAACCAGGAGAUAUCCCUGGGGGUGAAGUGGGAGAACUACCUGGCCAGCACCGUCAACAGGGAGAUGGUGCGCUGCGUGGAGCUGAAGAACCUCAUCCGGACUGGGGUUCCACAUGCCCACCGCUCCAAGGUGUGGAAGUGGUGUAUCGGCCUCCACGUCAAGAAGUUCAAGGACAGUGCCGAGCCGGGCUAUUUCCAGGCCCUGCUGCAGAACGCCCUGAAGAAGCAGAACCCGGCCUCCAAGCAGAUCGAGCUGGACCUCCUGCGGACCCUGCCCAAUAACAAGCACUACGCCUCCCCCACCUCCGAGGGGAUCCAGAAGCUGCGGAACGUGCUGCUCGCCUACUCGUGGCGGAACCCGGACAUAGGAUAUUGCCAGGGCCUCAACAGACUGGUGGCGGUUGCACUUCUCUACUUGGAGCAGGAAGAUGCUUUUUGGUGCCUGGUGACAAUCGUGGAAGUCUUCAUGGCUCGGGAUUAUUACACGAAAACCCUCCUCGGAUCCCAGGUGGACCAGCGAGUCUUCAAGGAUCUGAUGAAUGAGAAGCUGCCGCGGCUGCAUGCUCACCUGGAGCAGUACCGGGUGGACUACUCGCUCAUCACCUUCAACUGGUUCCUGGUGGUGUUUGUGGACAGCGUAGUCAGCGACGUCCUCUUCAAGAUCUGGGACUCCUUUCUGUACGAGGGGCCCAAGGUAAUUUUCCGCUUUGCCUUGGCGCUCUUCAAGUUCAAAGAGGAGGAGAUCUUAAAGCUGCAAGACUCGAUGUCCAUUUUCAAGUACCUCAGAUACUUCACACGCACGAUCCUCGAUGCCAAGAAACUCAUCAGUAUUGCUUUUGGGGAUCUCAAUCCCUUCCCGUUGCGCCAGAUCCGGAACCGGAGGGCUUUCCACCUGGAGAAAGUCCGCCUGGAGCUAAUGGAACUGGAGGCCAUCCGGGAGGACUUCUUGCGCGGGCGGGAGACCGACCCCGACAAAAGGGACCUCAUAAGCGACGACGAAGAGGACGGCUGAG